AUGCCAAAAGAGGAAGUCUACGAUCUCCACCCUUAUGGGUGGGAGGACGACGUGGAGGUGGAAAGAUUCAGAGUUUCCACCCUAGAUUACUUGACUUGUCAGACAUACAACCACUACGCCGUAUUCUUCCGCUUAGAUGAUGCCGCGAAGCCAAGAGUUGUCGAAGUUCUCAAAGCAGGUCUUGAGAGGACGCUUGCUCAGGUCCGCCAGCUGAACGGAAAAAUUGAGAAAGACCCGUGGGGCGAUUAUUCCUUUACCAAGAGAAGAGAAUCGACCGUCCGCUUCGUCGUCCAAUGGCUCGACGCCCCAGAGGAUGCCGACAAGUAUCCAUCUUUUGACGAUAUCGAGAAGGCCAACUUCAGCGCCGUAGCUCUUGGAGACCUCAGGCUAUGGGCUGUGUCACCGAUGACCUAUGGCGAGCGGCCCGAGGCUACUCCGGAGCAGAGUCCUGUCACUGCUGGCUUCAAGGCGAACUUCGUCCGGGGCGGGCUCGUCUUCAGCACACACCACCAUCACUACUCCCAAGACGUUAUGGCUUGGGCUGGAUUCAUCCACCAGCUUGCUGAGAACUGUUACGCGUUUAGCAAUGGUACGGCCUAUCCUUCGUGGGAUCCGGCCUGCAAUGAUGUCUCCCGCUUUCUCAAGCCCGAGCCUCCGGAGAAUGAGAAGGUAGAUGGGCCGCCGCCACCCGAUAGGCAUCCUGACCACAAAGUCGGUAUCUGCCUCCUCUUCCACCUGCCCAAGAGUAAAGCCGCUCAGCUGAAAGAGCUCGCAAAACCCGAAGAUGGGACAUGGAUCUCGACGUACGACGCCUUUUCCGCCUUCAUGUGGCGACACCUAACACGCCUUCGAGCUCCAGUGUUCAGGACUGCUCCAGACGCAAAGCUCUUCUGGUGCGAGACCAUCGAUAUGCGUCGACGUCUGCACAGCCCAAAGGUACCCGCACGCACUCAACAGAACGUCAUGUACGUAGCCAUGUCUACCACCGCACCUGUCGAGCAACCCGCGGUGUCAGACCUCAUCUUAGAUUGGCCGUUCUGGCGGGUAGCACGCUACGUCCGUCAGUUGACGGACAGCGUGACCCAAGAAAGUCUCGAUGAAACGCUCAAGAUGGUGGCGACGAUCCGCGUGAAGUCAAGUCUCAACUCGAGAAUCGACUCGCACCCGCCUAUGUCGACUAUUGUGGUCGAUCACCGUGACGCCAACAUCCCGUCUGCCGACUUUGGCUUCGGGAAGCCUGCGACUUAUCGAUACUUGAUGGGUCGUAUUUCCGAGGGCGGCAUCCUUGUCUAUCCGCCGCGAGACCCUUCACCUGAGUCUGAUGAGGGUCCAGAAAUUGCCAUCAUGUAUGAGAAGGAACUGGCUCAGACACUGAUCGAGGAUCCGGAGUGGAAUAAGUUCUUUGAGUAUAGGGGCGUUGAUGCUGAACACACAGAAGCAUAG